CCCCGUAGUCUUCUGGGACCUGUCACGUGUUGUUCUCGCUCAGACCUCCCCAUUAAGGAGUGGCACCUUUGGGGAGCGAGGGGGAGGGAGUACCCGAAUUUGACAGGUACCCGCUCUCACUUCUGCUGCGAUCGCCUAGGCGAUCGGAAGCGGAAGUUGUCCUCACCCCCUCCCUCCCCGUAGUCUUCUGGGACAUGUGACGGGUCUUAGAAGACUACGGGGCCAUUCACAUAGUGCAGUGCUUCUCGUGCAUGCACAGUGGGCACCCAGCUGUGAAGCUGCAAGCAGUCACAGAUGAGUGCCCACACUGAAGAUGC